CCGCUCUGCAGCACGUGGGAUCUUCCCGGACUGGGGCACGAACCUGUGUCCCCUGCAUCGGCAGGCAGACUCUCAACCACUGCGCCACCAGGGAAGCCCAGAACAAGCAUUUUUAAUUCAGUUUCUUCCACCCUGGGCACACGUGUGAGAAGAAACCCCAGUAUAUGUCACUCUGAACAGCCUCAAGGUGCAGCCACUUCACAUGGGUGAGCCAUAAGACUAGUCAUUUUCAAACUAAACUAUUAUUUUAAAUGAUUAAAACUAUUUUCAUAUUUUUAAAAGCAUUUUUGAGUUUUGUUCUGGAAUAUAGUUAGGUUACUUGGAAACAGUUUGAUCUUUUUGAGUCUUGCUUUUAAGCACUUGUUAGAGCAGCAUAUAGUCUAGGAUUAAUUUUUUUCCAUUUUUGAAGCAAGACCUUUCUUCGUUCUCUGACGCCUUGUGAAUUAUGAGAUUUUCCACUCUUGCUGUAUGUAGGAACAGGAAUUAUCCACCACCCUGUGUGGUGUGAGCUCUGAGUAUUUUUUCCUAUAAUCCUUUCUGGUGGGUCUUUUGUUGGCUUUUGGUAGUUUCCUAUCAUGUGGGCUGAUCAUUACUCAGCUGAAAACUUUUAAGGUAACAGUCGGCAGAUCUCUGGAGUUCCCUUUGUGUGCGGCUUUCUCCUCCCUGGCAUUCUACCCUGUGAACUCUACUUACUUGGGCUCCCAGGACUCACCUCCUCACCUCAGGGAGUUAGACUGCUGGCCUCCACUCCAUCCUCGUGCCACAGCCUGGAAAACUUUUCCAGGCUGUAAGUUGGAGCAAUUGUAUGGCUCACCUGGUUUGUUUUCCACCUCUCAUGGACCAUUGCUCUUCAUCGCCUAUGUCCGAUGCCUUGAGGGCCGUUUCAUAAAUUUUGUCAAUUUUUUUUUAACUAUUUAGAAGUUUAUAAUAAUUGUUUUGACGUAAAUGUACUAGCUUUCACAAUCAUUAUUAUUGAUGAAAUUCACUCUAGCGAUAAUAUACAUACUUCAGCUGACACAAUGUUUCAACAUGUAAAGCACAUAAGAAUUUCUUGCUACAAUUAUGUUUAGAAUGCUUACCUAUAUUAUAAAAUGAAUAUUAAAAUAUUAGCGAUGAUAUCUUUCUGAUUAGAUAUAAUAACUUGCAAGAUUUCCUGACCAACAAUCACACACAAUUUCAGAGAGGCCAGAAACAGUGAGAAAAUAGAUAUUUGUCUCUUUGGGUUUUUAAAGGUCAAGGUUGAAUCCAAGGUAAGUAGAAAAUAUUGAAUAUGAGGCUAAAACUGAAUUUUGGCACGACACACACAUAUUAGGUAGGUAGGUAGAUACAGAUGGAUAGACUGUCCUAGUUUCCCUUUUUUUCUUUUAGUAAUUGAAUUUUAUUUUAAGAUCAAAGCUAAACGUACAGUUUCAAAAUUCAAAUAAAAGUAGCAAAACUUUAUGGAAAAAACAAAGCAGUUCUGCAGCACCAUGGUGAAGCAGCUGUCCUGCAGCUCCUUUCCCUUCACUUUGUGUGUCUACUUUCAGCACUUUCAAAUGGGCCUAUGUGCCAAAGGAGAUGCAGGACCUAACCUACAUGUACCAACAGGAGCCGUGAGAGUCUGUUGAACUGGGUGCUGAGGGUGUGGGAUGGGAAGCAGUUUGCAUUCAUAUAGGACAGAGAACAGUACUUGCCCACCCUCUAUCAUAAUAUAGUCUGAAGAGAUCUAGACCAUCUCAACCUUCCACAGAAUGUCACACUGACCUAUUACAUUCAUGACAUCAUUACUACUUGGGCCAGGUAAACAAUAAGUAGCUAGCAUAUUAUACUCCCAAGGAUAGGAAAUAAUCACUAAUAAGAACAAGCAACCUUUUACAUCAGUGAAAUUUUUAGAGUCCAGUGGUCUGCUUGAGUGUCAAGAUGUCUCCUUCGUAGUAAAGAACAAAUUUUUGCAUCUCACUCAUUUUAUCAAUAAUUGGCCACCAAGAAUGCACACCAAGCUCCAGGCUGCUUUGUGGGAAUUCAGAACUUGAGAAUUCUGCUCCGACUCAUAUACUGGGUGACUGGAAGGCUGCCAGUCUUCAGUGAGAUCCAGAGCACAUAAAGGCUCUGUAGCAGGUACAGGCUGCAGUGUAAUGAGCCCUAUUGCAUGGGCCAUUCAAUACAGGAGAUUCUACGGGACAAGAGUAUCUGUGAUAAGCAUAGCAGCCAUGGGAGUUUAUGGCAAGCUGCAACUGGAGGAUCGCAAGGUAGACUUCUAGGCUCUGUAGCAAAGCCAAAGCAUCUGCAGUGGAGAACCACACGUCAUUCAAAAAUGGCCCUUUGCAUGCUGAUGGGCCUUGGUAGGAACUGAGCAUCUCAUGGGACAUCAAGUAACCCUUCAUGAGCUAGGUUUUGUCAGACCCACCAAGUCGGUCCAUCAUAAGGUGGAAGCGGUACACCUGGGAUCGGUGACAAGUAGGGCCAGGGGAAAUGAAUAGGCAGAUGGUCCAGACUCCCGUAUCAUACAUAUAACACUUGAACCAGGGUCCCUCCCUCAGUUCACAACUGCGGCUGCUUGAAAGGCUCUUUUGUCUAGCUGAUUCAGGACAAAAAAGCCCAAGCUAAGUUCACCAGUGGGUUUAUUGGAAUAUGGGUUCAAAACUAAAAUAGACUUCUGCCCUACAGCCCAAAUCAGGAGUGCUGUUAAAAGGUGAAUUCUCCAAAAAGGCAGAAUUUGGGGCAGUAUUCCUGGUCAUCCACUUUGUGUGGAAAAAGUAGUGGCUUGAAGUAAGAAUAUAUCUUCUUGGAAGGUGGCAAAUAAGUUGGCUAGAUGAUCAGGGGCCUGGCAUGAAAAAGAUUAGAUCAGGGACAGGGAAGCCUGGAGAAGAAGCAGUGGAGAAAUCUGCGGGAUUCGGCACAUGAGUAAAGAACUUUGUGUUGUAUAACAACGCCUACCAGGAUAAUCCACCACAGAACAGGCACUCAACAACCAGGUAAACAGAUUUGGCCAGUCCUUCAGCAACCGCAGCCACCAGCUGUCCCAGUACUGGCACAAUGGGCUCAUGUACAUUGUCAUGUCCCAGGGAUGCAGGUGAGCAAGAGGCCAACAGCACGGCUUCCACUCACCAAGUGGCCACUCCCUCAUGUUCAGCACUGAGCCCUUGAUACAAUAGCAUCCCUCAAGGAAACCAAGCAGCUACUUGGUAGCAAGUUGAUUACAUUGGGCACCUAUCCUGGAAGGACAGUGACUGACCUUUACUAGAAUCUUCCUGUCUCCAGGUAUGAGUUUGCCUUUCCUGUCCACAAGAUGUUGGCUAGACUACUUGUCCAAGGGUUUGAUCCAUCAAUAUGUAUCCUGCAUAAUAUUGCCUUUGACGUAGGGACCUACUUUACAGCAAAGGACUGUUUCAUGACCAUGGGGUUCACUGGUCCUAUCACAUACUCCAGAACCUAGAAAAUGCUCGCCCGGUGGAGUGGUGAAAAAUCCUUUUGAAACUUCAGCAAAAGCUUGGAAGGUGUGAAGAUGGGAUGCCGUCCCCCAGGACUCAGUAUACUAAAUCAAACUCAUUAUAUAGUGCCAUGUCCAGUAUAGAGAGAAAAUGCAAGUCUGGGAAUGAAAAGGUAGAAAUAGAAUUCCCCUUGUAGGCUAAAUAAUGGCCCCCAAAUACGUCCGUGUCCUAAUACCCAGAACCUGUGAAUAUGUGAUCUUACAUGGUAAAAGGGACUUGGCAGGUGUGAUUAAGAUGGGGAGAAUAGCCUUGAUGAUCCAGGUGGACCCAAUAUAAUCUCAGAGGUCCUUGUAAGAGGGAGAUGGGAGCAAGUAGUAGGAGAUCUGAUGACCAAAGCAGGAUGGAGUGAUGUAAGGAAGAGACCAUGAGCCAAGGAAUGUAGGCAGAGCCUCCAGAAACUGAAAAAGGCAAAUGGAUUCUCUCCCAAAGCCUUCAGGAGAAACGCAGCCUUGCUGACACCUUGAUUUUAGAUUUCUGAUCGCCAUAAUUUAAGAGAAUAAAUGUGUUGUUUUAAACCACUAAGUUUGUGGUAAUUUAUUAUAGCAGCAGUAGGAAAUUAAUACACCCACUUUCUGUCUCCACUGAUCAUGUGCUUCCCAUCCCCACAACUCUGCUCUAGAGCAACGCUCCCCAACCUUUUUGGCACCAGGGACCGGUGUCGUGGAAGACAGUUUUUCCACGGACGGGGGGGAAGGUUCAGGCGGUAAUGAGAGCGAUGCAGAGAGGCGGAUGAAACUUGCUCACUCGCCAGCCGCUCACCUGCUGUGCGGCCCGGUUCCGAACAGGCCCGGGGGAUGGGGACCCCGGCUCUAGAGGGCUGCUUCCUAUCAGGGGAACUGUUUCAUCAGGAGACACAAUUAAUAGAUCCAUUAAACUUUAACCUACUGAGGUUUCCCAGUAAUUUGAGGCUCCUUGUGCCAAGAGGCCAGCAGACAAGAACGAAUCACCAUCCUGGCUGGAGUAAUUGAACCUGAUCAGGAGGAAGUGGAGUUACUGACAAUGCGGGCAGAAAGGAAUGUACUUCACACUCAUUGCGUCCGCUAGGCUGUCUCUUUGAUACUUCCCUACCCUAUAUCAGGAGUAAAAUGGGCAACUUCCAAAAUGGCAGAAUAAGGACCUCCAAAAACUGGCUCUUCCAUAAAAAGCAAUGAGAACACUGGCAAAAAUUGUCAAAAUCAACCUUUUCAGAAUUCUAGAAACUAAAGGCUUGCGACAAUCUAAGGAGCAUUCAUUCAAGAAAAACAGCUAAGUCUUGAUUAAAAAGGAAAGGUUCUGGCAUUUUAACUUGCUCUAUUCCCAGCCCCUCACUUAUAAUACAAUGUUAAAUUGUUCCUAAUUUUAGGGAGAAUGCCUGUACUGUGUUUGACCAUUAAGUUAUAUGCUGUCCUUAGGUAGUAUCCAUAGAGUCCCAUUAUAGUGCUGUUUUUAAAAAAAUCAUCCUUUUUCCACUGCACUGUAGUGUCACUUUUAUGAUAAAUCAGGUGAUUGUAUAUGUGUGGGUCUAUUUCUAGACUUUCUCUUCUGUUCCAUGGGUCAGUUUUUCUAUCCAUGUACCACCAAUACCAUCUUGUCUAAAUUAGAGCCUUAGAAUAAGUCCUGAUAUGAUACUGUAAAUCAUUCAACUUUAUUCUUUAAGAUUGCGUUAGUUAUUCUUGAUCUUUUGCAUUUUCUUACGGAUUUUAAAAUCAGCUUGUCAAUUUUUUGAAAAAAAGUCCUGCUGAGAUUUUUUUUGGGGGGAGGAAUUACAUUGAACCCAUAAGGUAAAGUUGACAUCUUUGCAAUAUUGCAUCUUUCACCUUGAAGCUUUUGUUCUACUCAUUUGGGUGUAGCUAUGAAAUGAGAAGUGGUUAUCAGAAGCCUGGAUGACAGGAUCCCGUCCAGGGUGAAGGAUCCUGUAUUUCCCGUCUGUCAGAGGGAUACUAUAUCCAUCUUCUCUAGGCUCCCUGCCUUGACAGAUGUUUUUAACUUAGUAUUACUUGUACUCUUCCUCUCAGCAGUAUCUAAUCCCUCAGAUUAUUCUUAACCAUCACCUUAGAUGACUAACAUAUUUGAGCCUAUCAUAUAUUUAUAUCCUAAUAUAAAUUCAGUACCACUGAAUGGUUAUCACAUAUAACAACCCACACUAAUAAACAGUAUCUUCACAGUACUAACACAGUAUGUAUCAUAGGGGUUCCAAUGAGUAUUUCUCCUAAAAUCUGUUUACCAUAUACCAUACUAAGUACCUAAAACAUGUUGUUUUAAUUUGUGUAACAAGCAUGAGCAAUUACUUGCAGAGGAUCAGAUCUUAGGCUGUGGAAUCUUAAAAGUGUGAGUUAGAAACCUGCCACUCUUAAUUGCCUGUGUCCUUGGACAGGUUUGUGGAGGAUUAAAUUGGAUAAUACAUGUUAUAUGUUUUGUAUCUUAUCUGACAUUAUUAACCUCUUUUUCUCUUUUUCCCAGAUGAGGAUACUGAAGAUUAGAGCUUAAGUACAUUGUCUAGAGACAGAGAACUAGUGAGAAGCAGAAGUGGGUAUAUUUGUAUCCAGUAUUGUUCUGAUCUUGUCACAGCGAUCACUUUUCAAGUUUUACAUGUACAGCUCAGCCUUUCUAUUAGCUGCAACUUCAGUGUUGGUAAAUUAUUAUGCUGCUUUGCACAUUGACUUCUAUGGUGCCUACAACACAUCAGCUUUUGGAAUUGAGCUGCUUCCUCGAAAAGGGCCCUCGCUGUGGAUGGCACUCAUCGUUCUACAGCUAACAUUUGGAAUUGGAUACAUUACACUACUCCAAAUUCAUUCCGUCUAUUCACAGUUAAUUAUUUUGGAUCUCUUGGUUCCUGUAAUAGGCUUAAUCACAGAGCUACCAUUACACAUCCGAGAGACUUUAGUUUUUACCUCUUCCUUGAUUCUCACGUUAAAUACAGUGCUUGUCUUGGCAGUGAAACUUAAGUGGUUUUAUUAUUCCACAAGAUACGUUUAUCUUUUAGUAAGGCACAUGUAUCGAAUUUAUGGAUUACAGUUAUUAAUGGAGGACACAUGGAAGAGGAUUCGUUUCCCAGCUGUACUGAGAGUCUUUUGGCUAACAAGAAUUACAGCUCAGGCUACGGUAUUAAUGUACAUUUUAAGGAUGGCAAAUGAAACUGAUUCCUUCGUUAUUUCUUGGGAUGAUUUCUGGGACCUCAUUUGUAAUCUUAUAAUUAGUGGAUGUGAUUCUACACUCACUGUACUGGGCAUGAGUGCUGUAAUUUCCUCAAUAGCCCAUUAUUUGGGUCUUGGAAUAUUGGCCUUUAUUGGAUCAACUGAAGAAGAUGACAGGCGGCUUGGCUUUGUAGCACCUGUUUUAUUUUUUAUUUUGGCUCUUCAGACUGGUUUAAGUGGGCUAAGACCAGAAGAGAGACUUAUUCGCUUAAGUAGAAACAUGUGCCUUUUAUUAACAGCAGUCCUGCAUUUCAUCCACGGAAUGACAGACCCUGUAUUAAUGUCUCUCAGUGCCUCUCAUGUGUCAUCUUUUCGUAGACAUUUUCCUGUGCUCUUUGUCUCUGCUUGCCUGUUUAUUCUUCCUGUUAUACUCAGUUACGUUCUUUGGCAUCACUAUGCACUAAAUACAUGGUUGUUUGCAGUUACAGCCUUUUGUGUGGAACUCUGCUUAAAAGUAAUUGUUUCUCUCACUGUUUAUACGUUAUUCAUGAUUGAUGGCUACUAUAAUGUCCUCUGGGAAAAGCUUGAUGAUUAUGUCUACUAUGUUCGUUCAACAGGCAAUAUUAUUGAAUUUGUAUUUGGAGUGGUAAUGUUUGGAAAUGGGGCUUAUACUAUGAUGUUUGAGUCAGGAAGUAAAAUUCGGGCUUGUAUGAUGUGCUUACAUGCCUAUUUUAACAUCUAUUUACAAGCAAAAAAUGGCUGGAAGACAUUCAUGAAUCGUAGAACUGCUGUAAAAAAAAUUAAUUCACUUCCUGAAAUAAAAGGGAGCCGCCUACAAGAAAUAGAUGAUGUAUGUGCAAUCUGCUAUCAUGAGUUUACAACAUCUGCUCGUAUUACACCAUGUAAUCAUUAUUUCCAUGCACUUUGCCUUCGGAAAUGGCUGUACAUUCAAGAUACUUGUCCGAUGUGCCAUCAAAAAGUGUACAUUGAAGAUGAUACCAAGGAUAAUUCAAAUAUAUCUAACAACAAUGGAUUUAUCGCACCCAAUGAAAAUCCAGAGGAAGCUGUAAGAGAAGCUGCUGCUGAAUCUGACAGGGAAUUGAAUGACGACAGUUCAGACUGUGAUGACGACGCUCAAAGAGAAAGAAAUGGAGUGAUUCAGCACACAGGCACAGCAGCUGAAGAACUGAUUAAUGAUGAUACUGAUUAAAAUAGCAUUUACUAAUCAUUGAGGUAUUUGUUUAAAAUUCAGUUCAUCCAAAAUGGAGUAAUAUGCUUCACUUCAGUGUGUAACCAAGCACAAAAACAGUAUCAAUGUUGAAUCUGUGAAUGGUUUUCCGUUUACUGUGAUGUGCUACUGUAAAUAUACCUCUUCAAUUACUUCUGGUCUCUUUGGUGACCUAUUUAAAUUUGUGUACAUUAUUGUACAUAGAAUAAAAUUUUCACAUUUUUAUGACAAA